UUAGAGUAACUUGAUCAAUGAUGGCGAAGAAGGGGAGCUUAUCGGAUUUAGAAAAUAGGUUUAGCAGAGCUGCUGAUCAUUUGCAGAGUUUAGUGGCGAGUCUGGAUUCUGGACAAUUGCUUGGGUUCUAUGGGCUCUACAAACAGGCAACUGUGGGACCCUGUGACACACCCAAACCAAGUUGGUAUCAGGCACAGGCGAAGCAAAAGUGGGAGGCAUGGAGGAGUCUUGGUAGCAUGGGAAAGGCGGAGGCAAUGGAGAAGUACGUUUCAGCUUUAAAGAAAUUAAAUGACAAUUGGGAGGACGAGUCCAAAAUUGGAGGUAGGGCAUGGGUUGCUGUUAGCUCAAUGGUGAAUACCGAUGAUACGUUGAAUGAUGGCGAUAAGACUUUGCUCGAUUGGGUGAAGGAAGGCAACGAGGACAAGGUCAGAGAGACACUGAUGCGCAAUUCAUCGAUUGUUAAUAGUCCUGAUGAGAGCAAUAUGUUGCCUAUCCAUUGGGCAGCUGAUCGAGGCCACAUGCUCACUAUCAAGUGUCUGAUUGAGAGGGGGGCUGACAUCGAUGCCCAGGAUAAUGAUGGACAAACACCACUUCAUUAUGCUGCCUCUUGUGGGCACGCUGAUGUCGUUGAGUAUCUACUGUCGAUUGGGGCCAAGUCUCUUAAGGAUCAUGAUGGACUCACACCCAAACAAGUAGCCGAUGAACGACUUGCAGCUGUACUCUAAUCUAAUUCAUUAGUUUAAUUCAUAAUGUCAAGCAACAUUGCAUUAUCUCUAAUAUGGAUUAUUAAAUGAUGUUGGAAAUAUACGGUGGGAAAACGUCAUUGAAGCUUUA